CAUCGCCAUAUUUGGAUCUCAACCACUUCGUUUCUUCACGACCCAAAAACCCAAAAGGAAGAAAUCGAAGUUCAACCCUCUUGUCUCUCUUUUCUCUCUCAAGAGUUGCCUGUUGAUCAGCGUUCCAUUCAAGGUUUUGAUUUAGAAAGCUUUUUCUAUACAAGAGCACAUAGCUAUGGAACAUAAUUUCUUUGAGCCUGAGUUACACUUUGAAUCUGCUGGAGAUGUUUCUAUCCAGCAGAAAUGGAAAGCCAUUUCAGCCCCAACAACACUCUCAGACAAGGAGGAUGGCUGCUUUGAUUGUAACAUAUGCUUAGAAUCAGCACAUGAACCUGUGGUCACCUUAUGUGGUCACUUGUACUGCUGGCCGUGCAUUUACGAGUGGCUUCAGGUACAAAUCUCUGCAGAUGAAUCAGACCCGGAGCAGAACCCAGAGCAGACGUGCCCUGUUUGUAAAGCUAACAUCUCGCAGGCUUCGUUGGUUCCGCUCUACGGCCGUGGCGCAUCCCCUUCAGAUUCAAAAGGCAAGAAACCCCAUUUGGGUCUUGUCAUACCCAAUAGACCAUCUCCUUGUGGGGGGUUGAACACUCUAAUCUCUACCACAACCUCUACUUCGCAUUCCAGUCAGCGACUUCAUCCAAAUUAUUUUCAGUCACAGGCACAGUCACAGUCAUUUCAUCACCAGCAAUACUUCCCUCACCCAUAUGAAGGUCAUGCUGCAAAUGCAUCAACUUAUCUUGGGGGUACUGCGAUGACUGGUUACUUUAGUCCAACAAUUGGGAUGUUUGGGGAGAUGGUCUAUGCGAGGAUGUUUGGGAGCUCAUAUACAAGUUUGUACCCUUAUCCAGCUUCCUACCCCCCCACAGGGAUUAGCAGUACUCGUAGAAUGAGAAGGCAGGAAAUGCAGCUUGACAAGUCUCUUAAUAGACUCUCCAUUUUUCUUCUUUGUUGCAUUAUCUUGUGUCUUCUCGUUUUCUGAUCAUGUUCCUUUGUGUCUUUCCUUUUGUAUAGUUGUGGGAAGAUAUGAGAUUAUGUGCUGUAUCUGCUAUACAUUUUGCACAACGACUCUUGAAAUACCUUUUUGUGUAUACAUAAUGUUAAAUUUUUUUGUUUGAUUUA